AUGAAGGAUAAGAUCUUGUCUAUUUGUGAUGAGGAUGGUAAUCGUUUGGAAGAUCCUAAAGCUGUCAAGGGAGAGAUUCUCAGAUUCUACAAGCAAAUGUUGGGGUCUAAAUUAGCUCAGAAGCGUCCUUCGUUGGAAAGAUUAUGCUUUGUUCAUACAGUUCCAAAUUCCUUUCAUGAUGCCUUAAUUGCUCCUAUUACUCCAGCAGAAAUCAAGGUGGCUCUCUUUGUGAUCAAUGGUGACAAAUCCCCUGGACCAGAUGGUUACAAUUCAAGCUUUUUUCAGAAGAACUGGGAGUUAAAGGGAUACUUUAAGGGAGAAAAAGGGCUUCGACAGGGAGGUCCCAUCUCUUCCUACCUAUUCCUUAUGGUAAUGGAGGGUCUGUAUGCCAUUCUUCAAAAGAAAAUCUCUCAAGAUCUUUUUUCUGGGGUUGAGGAAUUUGUCAAGGCUGACACUCUGAAUCUUUUUCCAAUUCCUGAGGGUACUUUACAAGUUCGUUAUUUGGAUGUGCCCCUUAUUUCCACUAGGCUUCGAUAUGAGGAUUGUGUUCAGCUAAAGGACAGAACCCAACAGAGAAUUGCUAGCUGGACUAAUAGUCGCCUAUCUUAUGGUGGAAGAGCUCUCUUGAUACAAUCAGAAAUUGAGGUGAUGCUGAGAGCCUUUUUGUGGUCUGGUAUUCAUCUAAAAAAAAUUGGGGCUAAAGUUAGAUGGUUAGAAGUUUGCUCUCCCAAAGCUGAGGGUGGUUUGGGCUUGAAGUCCCUACAGGUUUGGAACAAGGCCACCAUGUUGAGACAUUUGUGGGCUCUUUGCAAGAAAGAGGACACCUUGUGGGUCAAGUGGGUUCACAGUUAUAUGAUAAGAGAUCAAAAUAUGUGGGCUAUGAAGGUGCCUCAAGACUGUUCAUGGACUGUUCGAAAAUUGUUGAAACUUAGACGUGUGGGUCAGCCUUUUGUGAAGCAUAUUAUAGAAGAUGGUUGCAAUACUUUUAUAUGGUUUGUCAACUGGCAUCCCAAAGGCCCCCUGUACAAACUUCUUGAUGAUCGCUCAGUUGCUACCAUGUGA